AGGGUGGCAUGUACGUGUUCCAAAUCCUCGAUUCCUACGCGGUCUCCGGUUUCUGUCUACUGUUCCUGAUCUUCUUCGAAUGUGUUUCCAUCUCGUGGGCCUUUGGGGUGAACCGCUUCUACGAUGGCAUCAAGGAAAUGAUUGGCUACUACCCAACUAUAUGGUGGAAGUUCUGCUGGGUUGGAUUCACUCCUGCUAUUUGUAUUAGCGUGUUCAUCUUCAACCUGGUGCAAUGGACUCCAAUCAAAUACAUGAACUAUGAGUAUCCCUGGUGGUCACACGCCUUUGGUUGGUUUACUGCACUCUCUUCUAUGCUCUGCAUUCCUGGAUAUAUGAUUUACUUGUGGCAUGUCACUCCCGGGACGAGACAGGAGAAAUUCAACACAAUAGUGCGUAUCCCAGAGGACGUACCAACGCUCCGCACCAAGAUGCAGGCUGAGGAACUAGCAAAACACACUAAGGCUUAAAAUCUAGACUCGUAGUCUAAUACUUAAGACCUAAAAGAUCUCAGGAAAAUGAGAGAUUUCUGAAUGACAUUGUGUUUUCGGAUGUGUCAAUUUGAUGAACUUAUUGUGGUUAAUAUUUUGCUAUAUAUAUUAUUAUUAUAAGUAUAUAUUGCACUAGAUUCAGAAUUAUAUAUAUAUUUAUGCAAAGGAAUAAAUUUUAGAAAUAUAUGAAACACUCGCUCAAUUUUCUAAAAACUAAGGGGUAAACAUGUUUAUAGAGCUACUAUAAAUUAUGAGCUGUUACAGAUAAAUUAUUUUAUACAAAAACAAAUGUAUUAUUACAUUCAUUCAAAUAUAAUAUUAUAAUAGAGUUUUAGCAAAAUAUUAACAACACAAUAAUAAACAACAGAAGGAACGGCGAAAAAAAUUCUAAAUCAUUCACGCACAACACAACUAUAUCUAUUACUUCUUUGUGCCAAUUUUAUACGUGCCAAAGAUAAUAUACCAAAGGUUAUAAAUAUAUCAUGCCAAAGUUAUAUAUUAUUAGUAGAAUUCACCUAUAUUUCAAAUAUAUUAAAUGAUAUUGAAUUCUAUAUGUAUGCCGUUUUAGUUUAAUGGUUUUGUGGGUGCGUUGCGACGCGUUCAUGUAUGUUUAUACUUUAAACUAUAUUUUAAGAUGUGUUAUUUUUAGUUGUAAGAAAAAUAUAUCUUGAUUAUAAUAUUAUUACGAUCGUAUGUUUGUGGAUUUCAUUUAAUGAAAUGUUAAUUAUCUGUUACUGUUGUCUUCCAUAAUGGUUAAUGCUUUAGAUAUAUGAAUAUUCAAUAAUUUAUGCAGUUAUAUUUUUAUUUCCU